GUAUAUCUACAUAUACCGGAUUCGAAACUCGUAUGUGACGAGAUAUCAAAUUUAUCCUAAGUCACCAUGGUCCCUUAUCAAGUAAUUAUGUCAAUUGUAAUCGUGAUUGCAACGUAUUUGAUACCGUUUGAAUUACGAAUUUUCGCUCAAACCAAGCAACUAGCGCGUAUUCCCAUUUUGCCUUUCGCUACAACGUUUGCAAGGUCAUCCGUUGAAGCUAAACAAAUAUCUCAUAAAGCUUUGAAAAGAAACCUAAGCACAAUCAACAAAGCUCACAAAACCUGUGGAACGUGUAUGGGCGCAAAUAACCAACAUCUGAAAAAGCCAACGCUGUCAUGGAGGAGGUUUGAACGAUUGCCGGAACAUCAGGGAAGAGUCAAAGAUCGCUGCUGUCAUCAACGCAAGCUUCGAAGUGUUUAUCAUGUUCGUUGGAAUCCCAAUGAAAAGUUUAUCGUGGAAAGUCGGGAGAAACCAGCAGUAAACUCAUCAAAGCUUUCCCCACAUCCCCGGUUGAAGCUAUCGAAGAAUACAAAACUCACCUUUAACCCAAAACUAUUCAUGUGCCAUGAUAAGCAUUUAGAGAAUUGCCAGAAUAAAACUGCGAAUUUUCGGCAACACAUUAUUCACAUCUUUGAAAAAUCAUUAACUGACUCAGCAAAUGAAACCAACUUCUACAACGUUAACUUCAAACCAAUGUUUGCCAAUAGCUUCGAAGAGCAGUACUACCCAUCGUCAUGUUUAGUUGUGGAUGCUGGUGUGCGGAUAAUUCGUCGCAAGGAUCCCGCAUUUAACAAAAUAGAAAUUGGGAAACUUUUUCCCAAACAGAAGUUACUGCGUAAAGAUAAGGAUGUCAAGACCUGCGUGAUUGUAUCAAGUGCAGGUUCACUCUACGGUUCGAAAUUGGGAAGAUUCAUAGACACCCACGACGUUGUUAUGCGAUUUAAUCAUGCGCCUACAUCAGGAUAUGAGGUGGACGUUGGAAGUAAAACCACAAUACGGGUCUUAAACUCCCAACGCUGUACUCAACAGAUAGUUUUUCAGGUCGUUACCAAGCCGCACUUUAAUUUUACUCGUGCAGCAAUAUUUCAAAACGUUACGAUUGCGGCCUGGGAUCCAGGAAAGUAUAACUCUUCCCUUAGCGAAUGGACUACGACGGCGGACUACGAUUUAUUUACAAACUACAAGAUAUACCGUCGCAAAUACCCGAAAUCACGAGCAUUCCUCAUUGAUCCACAAUCAGUGUGGCGACUUUGGCAAAGCUUGCAAAUAUUUGUCGGAAGCCGCCCUAUCCGCAAAAAUCCACCAAGUUCUGGCUUCAUUGGUCUCGCCUUGCUGAUGCCAUAUUGUCCUUACAUAGACUUUAUUGAAUACAUUCCCUCAACACGACUAAACGGUCGAUGUCAUUACUAUAGCAAGGAG